UUUUUCUAAAGGAUUUUGUUAAGAUUUGUGUUUAGUUUCACAGUUGUUGUAUCUAAGUUCUGUUACUAGCGACAUGUUGAUUAUGACAGAUCAGCCACCUAAAUUGCACAUCAGUGACGAGCAUCUUUGUGAAAAUGGCGUUACUUUGGAACCAUUUUUACACCAGGUUGCUGGGAGAGCUACCAUGAUGUGCUUAAAUGACACUACAGUAUGCAAACCUCUUAACUACAGGGAGCACUUCUUUUAUAAAUCUUUACCUCCAGAUAUACUGCAGUUCACUCCAAAGUUUAAAGGUGUAGUUAAUGUUAUGAUUGAGGAAACAAAUGAUGGAUCUGUUGCGUUGACAGCUUUUCCUUACAAACCCGAAACAGUUGAAGAUGAUAUUGAAUCGUCAUCAACGGAAUCUCCUGUGUCAGACAGUAGUGAAGAAGAUGAAUCAGCAACUGCCAUUCCAACGAAACAAUCUCAUGUACACAGUCAUUGCAAAAGGAUACGCCUCCGUAGAACAGGUAGCAUGUACGUUGACGGGCAAUAUCACAGACACAACUCAGAUGGUGAAGAUGGUAACAUGGGACUUUGUAUAAACCCUUGGAUAUUUAAAGUACACAAGGAAGGAUUGUUACGGCAUCUACAAAGCAAGCACAAAGUUAUUCAAAAGUGCAUACUACUUGAAAACGUAGCAUCUCAGUUCCGCAAACCUUGUGUUCUUGACCUAAAGAUGGGAACUCGUAUACACGGCGAUUUUGAUGACGAAGAAAAAAGGUUAAGGCACGAGAAAAAAUGUGCGGCGACCACCACAAAAAAACUCGGCAUCAGACUAUCUGGAAUGCAGAUAUUUGAUGCAAGUACUGGCAGCUUCCUUUGUCGAGAUAAAUACUUUGGUCGAAAAUUAGACAGAGCGGGCCUUCGCGGCUUACUGCGGCAAUUUUUUUAUGACGGUUGUCGUUUAAGGCGUGACCUCAUUCGUCCCAUAUUGUCACGACUCCAGUUAAUCCUAGAGAGUCUUGGUAGGCUCCGGUCAUAUCGCUUUUAUUCUAGCUCUUUGCUUAUUAUGUACGAUGGAGAAACUUUAGAAAGCACUUCCCACAUUCCCGCUGCUCCACUCAGCGAACAGAACAACAUUUCCCCGCACCCAACGCCGGCAGAAGAACGAUCGCACCUCGAAAUUGACCCUGGCGUGCAGUUUGAUGUUCGUAUGAUUGAUUUUGCGAAGUCAACGCACCAAGAAAUGGACCGAUCAGUCAUACACGAUGGUCCAGACCAUGGGUAUAUAUUUGGGCUUACAAAUCUGAUUGCACUUCUUCAGGACAUUUCUAAAAGUGACGACUCCAGCUACUAAAACCGACCAAAACACGGAAUCCUUUGAUUCCAAUUGCUUAAUAUAGUCAGGUAUUUCCAGUGCAAGCUUUUUGUAUUCCUCCAUGUUUUUAGCUAGGUAAUACAGGUCUAGUGUACAAGCUUUUUAUUUUAUUCAAGAUUUCUCUUCCACUUACGCUUGGUUGCUGUCGGACCAACUAUGUUCCUCAUUCUAUUUAAAAAUUUUCAGUAAGCAUUUUUUCUGUACUGUUUAAUUAAUAAAUCUCAAAUUUGAGGGAUUUCUGAA